UGAGUAUCAUGCGGAUUUAAAAUCUAUUUCAUACAGCAAAUAAUAUUUGAUUUACAACAAGAAUGAAGUAACACUACACGAAUAGCGCGAAUAGAUUUUCUAAAUUCUAGUUAUAAAUCUUUCCACAUUAUAUGUGUGUAUUGAGUAUGUUAUUAAAUUGGAUAAUUGUGAAGUCCUUUCAAGUGUGACGCAGACUUGUGCCAAGUAAAUAUUUUUAUAUUCAUACUAUUUAAUUUACUUAUACAUACAGACAUGUAGUGAAUAUUACGUGAUGGUAUUUUGAACAAUCGCCCUCGUUUUUUAUAUAUAUUUUUAAUAAUAACUCUCCUCCAGUUUUGUUUCCCGGAAGUAGGUUAAGUAGUGAAUGACGGUAUGCGGGUAUUUCGAUUAUCAAGUAUUGAGUGAGCGCAAGUGGAAAGAAAUACAGAUCGCGCACACGCUCGGCUGUCUGUGAACUCUGGAGAGGAAUGGAGUGGUUGAAUGUGAAAAAAAAUAAAGCAUGAAACACAUUUAAUAAGAGUUUUACUGUCAAUUAUAAUGAAACUAAAAUAACGAGCACUAAGGUCUAAGUAAACAUUAACAAGCACUGAGUGCACGUGAAGUAUUACAGUUCAUGAGAGCUAUAAAAUAUUAUCGAAUAAAAUGAAUGAUCCUCUCAACAGUGUGCUCAGUGUGCUCGCGGUAGCGGUGUAUCGACAGGUAGGUAUAAUCUUACAUAAAAAACCGUCGCGGGCCAGAACUCAGUAGACGUGUUGGCGGCUUACUAUACUUAAUAAACGUAAUGUUUCUCGCUCUUACAUGCCAAGUCGAUUAAAUGCACGUUAGAUACCUGUUUGUAGUUUUGCAACAUAUAAAGUAUAUUGCGGGUAAAAAUAUCACAGUCCGCUGAUGGACGAGACCUCUCCUAUAGCAUCCCGUUGAGCUAGAUCUUCAGUUCUCAACCAACAUCUCCCCGUCACCUCAAUGACUCAGAACACCGUCAACCUGCACGUGUUGAACGCCACCAUCGAGGAGUUGGACGUGUCCCAGUCCAUCUUCCGUCGCCUCACAUCCAUGGCGCUCACUGACGGAAACAUCGGGAGGAUUGUUGGCCAGUUCCCUAAGUACUCGUCCAUCGCGUGCCUGAACAUCUCCAACAACAACCUGAGCUCGGCCACGGUGGGCGGUCCUCAGCCGGUUCAGCGCCCCUUCGCCUAUCUCUUCACCCUGUCCGUCCUGGACGCCUCCGCCAACAACCUCACGGAGUUCCCCCUCAGCCUCAUGCAGAGCAACCGCAAGAUAUUCCUGGAUCUCUCUGGUAACAAUUAUCUUCCGUGCAAACACUUCCUAAUAGCCAUGGAGGCCAACAACAGUUCCUUGGUGACCUUCCUCAACUAUAAUCGAACUUUCUGCGCUCUGGACCUCUUAUUCAACUGGUUCACUGAGCUGCAGAUAGUGCCCAUCGAUCACCUCCGGGUACAGAAAGAGGUGAACGCGAGCUGUCUGAAGAUCCGUCCCGCGGAGUCCCGCUGCUCGUGCGCCCCGGACCGCCUGGAGCUGCUGGACGGCGCCGUCACCAACGUGGUGGCCGUGGACUGCUCCCGGAGACACCUGCAGCAGAUGCCCACCAACCUGCCGCCUAACACCGUCAAGCUCAACGUCUCCUACAACAAUAUAACGUCUCUCCAAGCGGUGUCGGACGAUCCGUCGUACGAGCACCUGAGGAACCUGUUGGUGGACCACAACGACAUCACCAGCAUCGUGGACCUGGAGGGGACCAAGUUCAUAGACAACUUCAUGGUGUUCUCCAUCACCAACAACAAGCUGAAGACUAUUCAUACAUACGUGUUGUCAAAUCGCUUCGACACCACCGGACCGUCGUUUCUGAUCGCGAACAACUACAUCCACUGCGACUGCAACACCGAGAAGGUGCUGAAGCCCUGGUUGCUUGAAAACCUGAAAAGCAUACCUGACUACAAGAGUCUGGAGUGCGAGGACAACAUGGGGCCGGUGGUGGACCUCAAGGAGUUCCAGGUGUGUCACACGCCCAGGGACUGGACGGACUACAUCUACUACAUCAUCGGCCUGGAAGUGCUGGUCCUGGUGCUGUUGAUAAGCAAAGUCUCCUACGACUACUGGGUCUUCAAAACCGCCGGCUACCUGCCCUGGCCCGCCAACAAGAUGCCGAGGCUGCCCUGUGAUUGGUUGUGCGAGUGACGUUCAGUGUGAACUUGCCUUAAAUGUCAAUAUUAUCUGUCGCUUCAAGCUUUUAAUGACAAUUCAUAUAGAAUGUGGUCUGUGGUUUUUGACGUUUUGACUUUCGAACACGCCCAACAGCGGCUGUUUAAAUAAUUUAACUCGUCAGCGUAGUUACAGAGCGAACUGAGUCACCGAGUUACAGGACGGAGUGACUUGUUUAUAAACUACCGUCGUUAAGACAGUUCGGCGCCAAUUUAGGAACGAGGCCUUAAUAAUAAUGAAUGUAUUUUCAUAUUAAACUGUUGUUAUAAUAUUGAUUAGUGAACGCGUAGAGUAGAUGUAUGUACCAAAAAUAUCAUUUAGUUUAUAAGAAAACUGAAACCUAAAGCCUACCGCUGCGAGGCCAUGUUGUUAUGUGUAUAUGUAUAUUGAGAAAAACAUAUUUUGUUAAAGAUUUAUUGUGACGGAGUCAGAUAUUUAUUUAUAAGACAUUUAGCAAAUGAAAUGAGAUCAAAUUUUUAAAUAAGAAUGUCUGGAAUACUGUUGAUUCUAUUGCUGUUCAUGAAGUAACUGUUAAGGAAGGUCAUGGUACUUUCAUAGACGAAACAAAUAUGAGGUAGAUUGUCAGUAGAAACGAUAUGUUUAAAGCAUAGACUAGUGUUCGUAAGUUCCGGUAACCUUAUCGAUAAUGAUCCGCGUCGAGGCUGGUCCGCGUGCCAUAUCGCUUACACUAGUCGCCGGGCAGACGCGGCGCUGGCUCAGGACGUCGUGUGUAAGCCACUCAAGACUGUAUAUGUUUAUUUAAUGACUUAGUAAAGGGUUCAAUACUU